AUGACAAAGAAGAGAAAGUCUCGAGCCAGGAAAUCUAGUGUUUCGAACGAGGUUUCGAAGUCACAGACGUCGCCGGCAGACCAUGAAUUAAGUCCUACUUCGCAAGCCAAUCAAGUAGAGUCUGAGGAAGAACAGUCAGACAAUGCAAACGUUUUAGAAUCUCAAAAUUCACCUGUAUUUGUGAGGGAUAACAAUGUCGAUCAGUCCGAAAAUACGACGGAUGUUGUUCAAUUGCAAAGCCCAUUAUCUGUCGCUUCUGGCGAGGCUACGACGAGUUUUGCUUCAAGAGAAGGGCAAAUAGAUCAAGAACAACGACAGCUUGAGGUGGGUCUGAGUCAAAUUGCUUCUUUUUCGAAGAAAAACCCAGUUUUAUCGCCUUUAGCAGCUGUGUUUGAGUCUAACAUUAAUAAAAUUCGCGAUAAAAACACGGAAAAAUUAUUGACACGCGUGGGCGCCACGCAAAGUAUUUCCGCGCGUGAUAAUAUUCGUGAAGUGAACACGGUCGAACAAACACGCGUGAAACCCACGCGCAGCGAUCCCGCGAGGGAAAAUAACGCUCGGUUAGUGAAUUAUGAGGAAAAUGGGGCUGGCGCAUCGAGUUCAUUUGAUUCAAUGUGGGCAGAAAGAUGGCGCGAACUGGAAGAAAUAGAAAGCGCGCGUAGAAAGGAAUUAGAUAAACAAAUGCAUGAUGCAAAACUUAAAUUAGAAAUGGAAAUGAAUCGAGCUAAAGCAGAGCAUGAAAUACUAGUGAAGCGAAGGGAAAUAGAGCGACAACAAGCCGAAUUACGUCAGUUAGAAGAAAUGUAUGGUGCUAGUACCAGGCCCCUACAAAGAGAUAAGGAUAACAGAAGUGACAAUGACAAUGUUAUCGAUUAUCAUAGUCAACAACCUCAAAAUACAAGUAUUAGUGACACCAUCCCACAAAAUCCACUGCAUGAAAGUCCAGGUCAAUUACAAUAUUUAUUAGAAAGACAACAAAAUACGAUGGACGAAGUAGUCAGAGGCCUGCGAAUGCCACAGCGGGAGUAUAUGAGUUUUUAUGGUGAACCACGAAACUUUCCACUAUUCAUAAAAAAUUUCGAAGUAAAUGUAGAGAGUAAAGAAAGCAAUGAUGCAGAUCGACUCAACUACCUGAUUCAAUAUUGCAAAGGAAAAGCGAGGCAAGCAAUAGAACAUUGCAUUAUCAUGCCGCCAGAAGAGGGAUACAAACGUGCGAAAGAAAUACUGAGAAAAAACUUUGGUCGAAAUCAUGUAGUAACACAAUCCUUCCUGGAUAAAGUGAUUGCUGGUCCACCUAUCAGAGUCAGUGAAAAUGAGAAGUUGUCGCAGCUAGCAAGAGACAUGGAAACAUGUCUUCUCGGUUCCACUCAGUUGGGUAAUGGGGCAAACAUCAACUCCAUCGACACUCUUGGGAAAGUGGUUAGUCGGCUACCUGUUCAUUUGAGGUCGAAAUGGGCAGAGAAAGCAAGCCAGCUAUAUGAUAAGCAUGUUACACCAGAUUUCUCCCACUUAACAGAGUUUGUUCAAUCUCGUGCUGCAGUAGCAAAUACCUAUUUUGGUCAGAUCAUCGGUUCGAAAGUUGAUAUGAGAAAGGACGGUGGAGAUAAAGGAAGGAGAAACCCACCCUUCUUUAAAGGAAACAACACAAGUUUGGCGACAUACGGACAGAAUGUAGAAGAUGUUGGUAACGAGUCGAAAGGCAGAAAUUUGUUGUGCGUCCUGUGCAAAGGUUCCCACCAUCUUGAACGUUGCCACAAGUUUAGAGCUCAGAAUCUUCAGCAGAGGAGAGAUUUAAUAAAGUCUAAGAGAGUUUGUCAUGCUUGUCUCAGCCCGGGACACUUUGUAAAGAAUUGCAGAGGGGCUCGCAUGUGCGGUGUUGAAGGUUGCCAAAGAAGACACCACCCUUUACUGCAUUCGUCCGAAAAGGAAGUCAAACCUCCCCAAGCAGAUCCUGGUGCAGAGUCCGGUUCAGCUCCUGAGAAUAACCGGUCUACGCAAGAUAUGCAAUCUGGUGGACAUAAUCUAUCUGGU